AGAGAGAACAAACUGAAAAUCAAUGGCCACUGCACUUUCUCUCUCACUAAAACCAACCUCACCACCACCUCUCUUCUUCCCCUCCACAACCACCCUCUACCCCCCAACCCUCACCUCAAUCACAACCCCCAAAACCCAUCACCACCCUCACUUCCAUAACCAAAGAUUGAUUCCCAAAAUACCCUUCUCAUCAUACAGAAAUAACAGGACCCCACCAGAGACAGAGUGUCCUGUCCCACUCGAUCAGCAGCCUGUGAAUGAGUACCAGUCACUGUCCUCUUCCUUCCCAUUUUCAUGGGCCUCCGGCGAAUUGAUCGAGUACUGUUCUCGCUUGUUUGUCACCGGAGCUUCGUUUGCCCUCUUCGUGGGUCUACCCGUUUCGUGGUUCGGGUCGGUUGGGCCAGAGUCGGAGCCACUGAAACGGGUCUUGGGUGCUGUUUCUAGUGGGCUCUUUGUGGUUACACUUGCUGCUGUGAGGAUGUAUCUGGGUUGGGCUUAUGUGGGCAAUAGAUUACUCAGUGCCACUGUUGAAUAUGAAGAGACAGGGUGGUAUGAUGGUCAGAUAUGGGUGAAGACUGCUGAAGUUUUGGCUCGUGACCGGCUCUUAGGUUCAUUUUCAGUGAAGCCUGUGCUCAGCAGAUUGAAGAAUACACUGGUGGUUCUUGCUACAUCGUUACUUGUAUGUGCGCUCGUCUUUAUCAAUACUGAGGACAGCCAAAAGAACCCUUAUGUAUCAUCAGAAGAAGCUGGUGGUAAGGCUGUACCUGGAGUUUACAACGAAGAGUCUGCCAGAUCCUUUGAGGCCGACGCAUUUUGUGGUGAACCUGGUAUUCCUUAGUUGCUGGCAUGUAGACAACAGCCUUUACCACUCCAUAUAAUGAAGUAUAUAUUAUGGUGUCGAUAAGUAAUUUUUCAGUGGUGUAGUUGGAUCCAAUAUGAUAGUUAUGUACAGUUUUCAUUACUCUUUAUGCAUUGUUAUUGGGUGUCCCCUGUUCUUGUUUUAGGAAAGUGUUGUCUAGUGGUGUAAUGUUGCAACAUGAUUUAGUAAAUGGAUUGAUGUAAAAAUACAAAUAUGAAUAUAUGAGCCUUGACAAUUGUUGAUGUCUCAUCCUCUUACCUUGCUACUCAUUCCCCACACCAAUGAACCUAAAUUCAAC